GCUCUCGGUGACUGGCCAAAACGCGUCCCGUUUUACUCGACUUCACCCACAUAAACUGAGAUGUUAGUGUUCGUGCCAUCAGCUGGCGGUGACACGGACACACAACUCACCACUCCUCGCCCUCAUCCCUCCCUUCAAACCCUCUCACUGCCAUCUCCCGACAUCAGCCGAAUGAGGGGACUGGAAAAGAAAAAGCAAGUGAGUGAAAGAAAGAAAUAAGCGGGGAAGGAGAGGAGAGAGCGGUGCUCCAUGGUCACUCGCCCAUUGGAAGCUCUAGAGCGCAUUUUGGAUUCGACUUUUUCUUGGAGGGGACUUGAGAGAAGAAACAAGCGUUUGUUGGCGUGCCAAAGGCGAACAGCCAUGCACCUGAAUCGGGAGGACGAGGACGGAAAAGGUUCUUUGUCUCUGAGUGUGUUCCUGGUAUCGGUGGGUUUAACCGUGUGUGUCGUGUGGCUGGUGGCGCUAUGCGGGGUCUGUGGAUGGUGCCAACGCAAACUGGGGAUGAGGAAUAAGCCGGGGGUGGAGACAGCGGGGACCCCAGACUCGGUGUCUGUGUCGGGGAGAGGACGAGGAGAAAAUAAAGCCAUCAAUGAUCUUGACAGGGACUUUUGGAAUAACAAUGACAGCAGCACUGUGCAGCAGCGCUGGAGCUCCUAUCCACCCAAAGAGUUCCUUCUCAACAUGUCCCCCUAUGCCCCUUACGGAGACCCUCGCCUCACGCCCAAUUUUGGGGACCCCUCUCUUUCCACCACCUCCACCUUGGAGCAUAUCCCGUCCUCAGCAGCCCGCCCCAGGCCCCUGGUCAGGCAGCAAAGCCUCCAGCAGCCCCUAACCCACCAGCCCCCGCCAGGCCCCAACGACCCCCCAGCCACCUCCCAGAGUCUGGGCCAACUGCACACUGGGCCCGGGGGUGGGGGCCACCGGGGGGGCCCGCGGGGGGUGCGUGGUAGCCCGGCUGGGGCAGGGGCGUCCCGCUACAGGUCGGGUGGAGGGGCACGAUCGCGUUCCAAUCCCGGAAGCUGGGACCACGUGAUGGGACAGAUCCGGAACAGAGGCAUGGACGUCAAGUCAUUCCUAGAGGGGAAGAUGGUCGUACUGUCCCUCGCGAUCGGUUUGGCCGAACAAGACGACUUCGCCAACCUUCCAGAUCUACAGGAGGCGCCAGCCAACAAAGAAACACCUCCUGCCGACAAAAGAUCUAAUAAACCAGGCAGCAGCCCCAAAGGUCAGACCCCAGACGAGAGCAGUCGCCGGACAGACGCUAACUCCUCCGUCUCAGACCUGGCCAACUCUGUCACCAGUGAUAUGCUGAUGUUGUCCCCAGGCUCUGAGGAAGAGGAACACGAAGGACCCGUGUGUGAGAAGCUGGGACGCAUCCAGUUUAGCGUGGGAUACAGUUUUCAGGACUCCACACUGACAGUGAAAAUCUUGAAGGGUCAGGAUCUACCUGCGAAAGAUUUCUCCGGCACUUCAGAUCCGUUCGUCAAACUCUACCUUCUGCCAGACAAGAAGCACAAACUUGAGACCAAGGUCAAAAGAAAGAACCUUAACCCUCACUGGAACGAGACCUUCCUGUUUGAAGGGUUCCCGUAUGAGAAGGUGGUCCAGCGCACGUUGUACCUGCAAGUGUUAGAUUAUGACCGUUUUAGCAGGAAUGACCCUAUAGGAGAGGUGUCCAUCCCACUGAACAAGAUCGAUCUGGCCCACAUGCAGACCUUCUGGAAGGAGCUGAAACCCUGCAGCGAUGGCAGUGGAAGUCGAGGAGACCUGCUUGUGUCUCUGUGUUACAAUCCCACUGCCAACACCAUCACUGUGAGCAUCAUCAAGGCACGCAAUCUCAAAGCCAUGGACAUCGGGGGAACAUCCGACCCCUACGUCAAAGUGUGGCUGAUGAACAAAGAUAAACGAGUGGAGAAGAAGAAGACGGUGGUGAUGAAGAGGUGUUUGAACCCUGUCUUUAAUGAAUCCUUUCCUUUUGAUGUCCCCGCUCACGUCCUCAGAGAGACCACCAUCGUCAUCACAGUCAUGGACAAGGACAGACUGAGCCGCAAUGAUGUCAUAGGAAAGAUCUAUCUGUCAUGGAAGAGUGGCCCAGCAGAGGUAAAGCAUUGGAAAGACAUGAUGAGUCAUCCGCGCACUGCCGUUGCCCAAUGGCACGCUCUCAAAGCUUGAAGGACCCGCCCACCAAAAGUAAACAACACCUUCAAAACCCUGUUGAUAUGCACAAGUUUAAACACGGGUACCAAAAGCCAUCCAACUAUCUUUCUUUCUCUCUCUCCCUGUCUUUCUCUGUCUCUCUCUCUUCCUCCCUUCUCAAUUUUUUUCCUGCAGUUUGUUUAUGGAGACCCUUCCUUUAUUCACUGCUUUUAUUUUUUCCCACCAAAAAGAGGCUAAGCACUGCCAAGAAGACUGGGAGAGAAAGUCUUGCGUAACCGAGAGAGGUAAACAGACUCGUCUUCCUUGAGAAAAAAAAAAGUUUGACAACUCGACUGUUCUCUGAACAGCUGGACCGUGGAACAGGGUGACUUCUAUCAUCGAACUUCAAUCGCUGAACUUGAAACGGCUGAAAACAAUCUCCCGAACAGACCCUUCUAUUGCCAUGUUUGUGUCUCACCGUCCCUCUGAGCGUACGGAACGAUCCGGAAAGGAUCGCAACCACAGUGCAAUACCUAGCUGAAAGAGGGAUGAACGUGUUGUGUGUUGGACUUCGUCACCUCUUGAUGUUUUUCUCGGAACAGUGUAGAAAUUUCGCUGGAACUCUUCGUCGUCUGUAUGUGCUGUGGGUGCUGUUAUGUGACAGAAAAAAAGAGGUCUUGUUUAAAAAAAAAAACGGAGAAAAACAUAAAAUUCAAACUCACUUUAAUUGACUGGAUCAGUUCAAGUGCGUAAGGGAAAUACGUUUUAGAACAUUCCAACAAGUGUAUAAAACAAAAUAGGGACAAAAAAAUGAGAAUUGUAACAAUCCUCAUUAGUGGGUCUACGCAAGUACAUGAAUGCAUGAAUGCCAUGUAUGUUUUAUUUAAAUGCAUUUCCACCUGAUAUUAGAUGCAUUUUCAGUGAUCCGAUCACAGUUGUUUACUCCUAUAUUGCUUUUGCAGAAACGCAGAGAAUGACACACAUACUGUUGUUGAAUGAAAGAAGCCAUUAUGCUGCUUACAAACGAGCUGGAAAGGAAGCAAAUGGAAAUCAUAUGAAUGGUAACAGAUUUUGAUCAUAAUCUGCGUGUUCUAGCACAAUAUAGUGAAGUCUGAAUUGAUUACAUUCGACCGUACAAGUGUCUGCACCAGCAGUGUCCACCUUAUUCUUCAAUAAGAAAAGAAAGCAUAUAAAUGAGACUUCUGGUUCAUUAUCCGCUAUAGGGAAAAAACAAGAAGAAUAACAACGUGCAGUAAACGGUAAAACUGUUUGCACUACAAACCAGUGUGUUCAUAAUUAUAAUAUUAUGUUAAAAUAAAAUGGUAAGACACACCAGUUUGCAAUAUCAAGCAGCAAAACAAGCUGUUUUGUAGCUAAAAAUAGCUGGGCACGGAUGAGACCGGAAGCCAGACAGGAAGAUAAAGGAGGAUGGUUAACUAGAACUGAAAAUUCUGAAACUUAAACCAUAAAAACAUAUUUUAAAAUAAAAAUCUAAUGAUAUAUAUAUAUAUAUAUAUAUAUAUAUAG